AUGGCAAAGAGCAAUAGCGUGGGAAUCAAGGAAGGUGGAGGAUCCACUGGAGUUGUGGCUGUUGCUAUAGACAAAGACAAAAGUAGCCAACACGCUCUUAAAUGGGCCGUUGAUCAUUUGUUGCAGCGAGGCCAAUCUGUUAUUCUUGUCCAUGUCAAGCUUCGACCUUCUCCUUUAAACAAUGGCUCUUCUCUAUAUACUUCCUCCGCAAAGCUGAGCCAAGAUUCUUCAUUGGUAUGCAGAGAUCCAGAAGGUGCAUCCAAGGAGAUAUUUCUUCCUUUCCGUUGCUUCUGCACGCGCAAAGAUAUACAAUGCCAAGAUGUGUUGCUUGAGGAGUAUGAUGUAGCUAAAGCAUUAGUAGAAUAUGCAAACCAAGCUGCCGUUGAGGUUCUGGUGGUUGGUUCCUCCAACAAAGGUGGAUUUCUCAGGUUCAACAAGCCUGCAGAUGUUCCAGGGACCAUAACGAAAACCGCGCCUGAUUUCUGCACAGUUUAUGUCAUAUCCAAAGGAAAGAUUUCAACAAUGAGAUCAGCUUCUCGUUCUGCACCAAACAUUGCUCCUCUCCGCACUCCUAUUCAACCACCUAGCUUAAGGCCACCUCAACCUGUACCUUCUACUGCCUCCAACAUGCGAGCUGAUAGAAGGUCUUUUGAGACUCAACAACGCAGAUCUACCGAAGAUCGCAGGUCUGUCGAAGACCGCAGGUCUAUGGAAGAUCAGCAGCGCAGGUCCAUGGAGGAUCUGCAACGCAGGUCUGUGGAGGAUCAAUCAGAUUCCUUCAGAUCUCCUUUUACUAGAAGAGGCAAUGGGAGAUCAUACGGUGAACUAUCUGUUCCGGAAUCAGACAUAUCAUUUGUCAGUUCCGGUAGAGCCAGCAUUGACCGUAUCUUCCCCAAUCUGUAUGACAAUAAUGAUCCAAACCGAACUCCUCCUAGGCUGUCUAACUUCUCUGACAUGGACUAUGGUCCUAACUUAGAGUCCUCCAACUAUGGAAGGAGAUCACUUGAUGUAAGUUCACCUACUGAUCUUUCAACUGGCGACUUUGAGAGUGAAAGAUUUUCCUCCGCUUCAGGAUUGCAGGAUGAUGUAGAGUCUGAGAUGAGGAGGCUGAAACUGGAGCUGAAGCAGACAAUGGAAAUGUACAGUACAGCUUGCAAAGAAGCACUUACAGCAAAACAAAAGGCGACUGAGCUUCAGCGUUGGAAGUUAGAAGAAGAGAGGAAACUAGAAGAGGCAAGACUUGCAGAGGAAGCAGCAUUGGCCAUUGCAGAGAAAGAGAAAGCAAAGUCAAAAGCAGCCAUGGAGGCAGCUGAAGCAGCUCAAAGGAUUGCUGAACUAGAAUCUAAGAAGAGAGUCAGCGCAGAGAUGAAAGCUCUCAAGGAGUCUGACGAGAAAACAAAGGCCCUUAGCGCUUUAGCAAACUCAGAUGUAAGGUACAGGAAGUACUCCAUUGAAGAGAUUGAGCAUGCAACAGAGUUCUUCGCUGACAAGUACAAAAUUGGAGAAGGUGGUUAUGGUCCUGUGUACAAAUGCUAUCUUGAUCACACACCAGUGGCUGUUAAAAUCCUUCGCGCCGAUGCAGCUCAAGGAAGGUCUCAGUUUAACCAAGAGGUUGAAGUGUUGAGCUGCAUCAGACACCCUAACAUGGUUCUACUUCUUGGAGCUUGCCCUGAGUGUGGAUGUUUAGUGUACGAGUUCAUGGCCAACGGGAGCUUAGAAGACCGUCUCUUCAGAUUAGGAAACAGCCCGCCUCUCUCGUGGCAGAUGAGAUUCAGGAUCGCUGCGGAGAUAGGGACAGGACUCUUGUUCUUGCACCAGGCUAAACCGGAGCCUUUGGUUCACCGUGAUCUCAAACCGGGGAACAUCUUGCUAGACCGUAACUUCGUCAGCAAGAUAUCUGACGUUGGUUUAGCGAGACUAGUCCCACCUUCGGUUGCAGACACGGUGACACAGUACCGUAUGACUUCUACCGCUGGCACGUUCUGUUACAUCGACCCGGAGUAUCAGCAGACAGGGAUGUUGGGUGUGAAAUCUGAUAUAUACUCGCUCGGCAUUAUCUUCCUGCAGUUGAUCACAGCAAAACCACCAAUGGGUUUGACUCAUUAUGUCGAGAGGGCACUGGAGAAAGGGACUUUGUCGGAUUUACUCGACCCGGCGGUUCCAGACUGGCCAGUUGAAGAAACUGCAGAAUUUGCUAAGUUGGCGCUGCAAUGCGCAGAGCUAAGGAGAAAAGACAGACCUGAUCUUGCUAAAGGGAUAUUGCCAGUGCUGAACAGAUUAAGAACACUUGCUGAUGAGUCAACAGAGUCUCUACUUGUCAUCAACAGCCCCGGACCAUCGCCUAACAAUAGCCAAACUUCCGUGAAGCUGGAACAGAUGAGUGGUGCUUCUAUCUCUGUGCCUCAAUAA